AUGCCUGCAGUGAUAACUCUUUGUCCACACAAUCAUGAGGAGAAAACGCAAAUGACAUCUGUGGACCGAAUGGCAGGUGCAAACAUUCCAUCUUUGGCUGCUAUGGAGCAGACUCGAAUUCUAGCACACACUAUAGCUCAGAACACCAAUCCAAAGUUUCAGGAACUGACUGUAAUUGAUGAUCUUCUAUCUGCUUUAGUUGGAAUUGAGGGACCAUAUAUUUCUAUCAAUAGAGUUGGAGGGAAUGAUAACUCUAUUAUCUUCAAUGUUGACGGAUCUAUGGAUUUGGCACUCCAGGGUGCUGCAAAUAUAAAAGUGGCAGGAAUAGAUAUGAACAACAAGAGCAGCCGGUCACAUAGUGUUUUCACUUGUUGGUUCUCAAAGAUUACAAACACCAAUUUCCUUCAAACAACAGAAGAUCUAGAGUUUAAAUGGGUGAUUGAAGGUGAUGGAUGUAAACUUGAUUCUGGAACUCUCAGUCUACCAACAUUAGAGUUUAAUUGGGUGAUUGAAGGUGAUUUUGGUUCUUGA